CCCGUUUCUUCUAGUUAAAAGAGCGCGAGCCGCAGCCGCAGUUGUCUCUUGUCACAGUUUCCUGGUUGAGCAAAUCGCUUCGCCCUUGUCUUGUAUGGCUCUGUCGGCGUUAUAGUCCUUGCUUCACCUUUUCUUUACCAUCAGCCUGGUGCUGUCAUUUGCGAUCUCGGAUCCAUUUUGUAUCUCCGCAUACCUGUACAUUUUGCCAAGAUUCGGCGUCCCUCCCCGAAAAUCGAUAGCGAUGCGCUCCUCACAACUCUUUGUCCUUGCUAGUGCUAUAGCAACAGCAGCAGCAACCAUCUUCCCCGAAGGCGUGACAACUAUUGCCGGUGUAUCGACAACCCAACAUGUCUUGGUCGGGACCGAGAGCGGACUUGCACACACAGAGGAUGUUGCCAUUCCCACCGUGUCAGCAUCUAUAACACCGUCGUCAGGCUGGACGAGCUCAGAAGCGCAGACGGCAACAGAGAGCGGCUCUGACGAGUCUUCUGCUUCCACCACCAGCAUUACGCGGCCUGCCGACUUUCCAAAUGCAACCACUACUUUGGCAAGCAGUCGGGUUCCUACAAAGUCUCAGAACACCACAACACCUACCAGCCACGUAACCGGUGGCGCUAUUCCGCAACAGAUGCAGAGCUCCAUGGCUGGGCUGAUAGGAUUCUGCAUAAUGGGAUUGAUCAUGUUAUAGAAGAGGGCGAGAAGGCUGUUAUGAAUAAUGACGCUGGACGAGAUGCGCGCCACAUAUAGAUUUGUGUCCCAGGUAGGACACUGGCGUUGAAGAAAAACCAACAAAGAUACCACGGACCAUAGAGUCCACCCACCUUUAGACGGACAGGAGUAUAUACCGAUAAUAGAGUAAUUGUAAUUAACAAUUUCACACAUGUUGAUA